GAGAUGCUCUCCUAGAAGCCGCGCGCCUCCGCCCCCCGCCCCCCACCUGCUCGGGCAGGAUGGUACAGUCUGCAGAGGGACCCGGGCACGCCGGCUGGGCUCGGCCGCGGCACCCGCUGCCGCACCGCGAUUACGGGGCUGCCCGCCUGGAAACCGUGCUGGAUUGCUGGUGAUUUUCGUAGCCAAGAACGUCCACCCCGACCAUGUAGAUACCAGCUCCAAAGAGCAGCAUGGGCCCCACUGAAUGGAGACUCCUGGGUCUGCAGCCCUGAGCCCCUCCGGCCCCUGGACCUCGCCCUGUGCCCGGGGACGCCCUUUCGAGCUCGCCGCUGCUGUCGCCAGCCCACCUCGGCCUCCCCCGCCCCCUAGGACCCGGAGUCGGCUACCGGGAGCCCCAGCCGCGCCCUGAGCCCGUGCGGGCAGCCGCCGCCACACAGCAGCUUCUUGUCCAGCACUGACCCUCGGGCCGCCCCGAGCGGGGACUGUGGCAGACAUGGGUGACAUGACCAACAGCGACUUCUACUCCAAAAACCAAAGAAACGAGUCGAGCCAUGGGGGUGAGUUCGGGUGCACAAUGGAGGAGCUGCGCUCCCUCAUGGAACUGCGAGGCACCGAGGCCGUGGUCAAGAUCAAGGAGACCUACGGGGACACCGACGCCAUCUGCCGGCGCCUCAAAACCUCACCCGUGGAAGGUUUGCCGGGCACCGCUCCAGACCUGGAGAAGAGAAAGCAGAUUUUCGGGCAAAACUUUAUACCUCCAAAGAAGCCAAAAACCUUCCUGCAGCUGGUGUGGGAGGCCCUGCAGGACGUGACGCUCAUCAUCCUGGAGAUCGCCGCCAUCAUCUCGCUGGGGCUCUCCUUCUACCACCCGCCCGGCGAGAGCAACGAAGGAUGUGCGACAGCCCAGGGCGGGGCAGAGGAUGAGGGGGAGGCCGAGGCAGGCUGGAUCGAGGGCGCCGCCAUCCUCCUCUCCGUCAUCUGCGUGGUCCUGGUCACGGCCUUCAACGACUGGAGCAAGGAGAAGCAGUUCCGGGGCCUGCAGAGCCGCAUCGAGCAGGAGCAGAAGUUCACCGUGGUCCGGGCCAACCAGGUGGUCCAGAUCCCCGUGGCCGAGAUCGUGGUCGGGGACAUCGCCCAGAUCAAGUAUGGCGACCUCCUCCCCGCCGACGGCCUCUUCAUCCAGGGCAAUGACCUCAAGAUCGAUGAAAGUUCGCUGACGGGAGAAUCUGACCAGGUGCGCAAGUCCGUGGACAAGGACCCCAUGCUGCUGUCAGGGACCCAUGUGAUGGAGGGCUCAGGACGGAUGGUGGUCACCGCAGUGGGUGUGAACUCUCAGACUGGCAUCAUAUUUACCCUGCUGGGGGCAGGUGGCGAGGAAGAAGAGAAAAAAGACAAGAAAGGUGUGAAGAAGGGGGAUGGCCUUCAGCUACCAGCGGCCGACGGUGCGGCAGGUUCAAAUGCUGCAGAUAGUGCAAAUGCCAGCCUAGUGAAUGGUAAGAUGCAGGAUGGCAAUGUGGACGCCAGCCAGAGCAAAGCCAAGCAGCAGGACGGGGCGGCCGCCAUGGAGAUGCAGCCCCUCAAGAGCGCCGAGGGCGGCGACGCCGAGGACAGAAGGAAGGCCAGCAUGCACAAGAAGGAGAAGUCGGUGCUGCAGGGCAAGCUCACCAAGCUGGCGGUGCAGAUCGGCAAGGCGGGCCUGGUGAUGUCGGCCAUCACGGUGAUCAUCCUGGUGCUCUACUUCACUGUGGACACCUUCGUGGUCAACAAGAAGCCGUGGCUGCCCGAGUGCACACCCGUGUACGUGCAGUACUUCGUCAAGUUCUUCAUCAUCGGCGUGACGGUGCUGGUGGUCGCUGUGCCCGAGGGGCUCCCUCUGGCCGUCACCAUCUCGCUGGCCUACUCAGUGAAGAAAAUGAUGAAGGACAACAACCUGGUCCGCCACCUGGACGCCUGCGAGACCAUGGGCAACGCCACGGCCAUCUGCUCGGACAAGACGGGCACGCUGACCACCAACCGCAUGACCGUGGUGCAGGCUUACGUGGGCGAUGCCCACUACAAGGAGGUGCCCGACCCCAGCUCCAUCCACGCCAAGACCAUGGAACUGCUGGUCAACGCCAUCGCCAUCAACAGCGCCUACACCACCAAGAUCCUGCCCCCGGAGAAGGAGGGCGCGCUGCCCAGGCAGGUGGGGAAUAAGACCGAGUGUGGCCUGCUGGGCUUCGUGCUGGACCUGAAGCAGGACUACGAGCCCGUGCGCACCCAGAUGCCCGAGGAGAAGCUGUACAAGGUGUAUACCUUCAACUCCGUGCGCAAGUCCAUGAGCACGGUCAUCAAGCUGCCGGACGAGAGCUUCCGCAUGUACAGCAAGGGAGCAUCCGAGAUCGUGCUCAAGAAGUGCUGCAAAAUCCUCAGCGGGGCAGGCGAGCCCCGGGUCUUCCGGCCCCGCGACCGUGACGAGAUGGUGAAGAGGGUGAUCGAGCCCAUGGCCUGCGACGGGCUGCGCACCAUCUGCGUGGCGUACCGAGACUUCCCCGGCAGCCCGGAGCCCGACUGGGACAACGAGAACGACAUCCUCAGUGACCUCACCUGCAUCUGCGUGGUGGGCAUCGAGGACCCCGUGCGGCCCGAGGUCCCAGAAGCCAUCCGCAAGUGCCAGAGGGCGGGCAUCACGGUCCGCAUGGUCACCGGUGACAACAUCAACACAGCCCGGGCCAUCGCCAUCAAGUGUGGCAUCAUCCACCCUGGGGAGGACUUCCUGUGCCUUGAAGGCAAGGAGUUCAACCGGAGGAUCCGCAACGAGAAAGGAGAGAUUGAGCAGGAGCGAAUUGACAAGAUCUGGCCAAAGCUUCGGGUGCUGGCCCGCUCCUCCCCGACAGACAAGCACACCCUGGUCAAAGGCAUCAUCGACAGCACGCACACGGAGCAGCGGCAGGUGGUGGCGGUGACCGGGGACGGCACCAACGACGGGCCGGCGCUCAAGAAGGCCGACGUGGGCUUCGCCAUGGGCAUCGCGGGCACAGACGUGGCCAAGGAGGCCUCGGACAUCAUCCUGACGGACGACAACUUCAGCAGCAUCGUCAAGGCGGUGAUGUGGGGCCGCAAUGUCUAUGACAGCAUCUCCAAGUUCCUGCAGUUCCAGCUGACCGUCAACGUGGUGGCCGUGAUCGUGGCCUUCACCGGCGCCUGCAUCACACAGGACUCGCCCCUGAAGGCCGUGCAGAUGCUCUGGGUGAACCUCAUCAUGGACACCUUCGCGUCGCUGGCGCUGGCCACCGAGCCGCCCACCGAGACCCUGCUGCUGAGGAAGCCGUACGGCCGCAACAAGCCCCUCAUCUCCCGCACCAUGAUGAAGAACAUUCUGGGCCACGCCGUCUACCAGCUCACCCUCAUCUUCACCCUGCUCUUCAUGGGCGAGAAGAUGUUCCAGAUCGACAGCGGGCGGAACGCGCCCCUGCACUCGCCGCCCUCGGAACACUACACCAUCAUCUUCAACACCUUCGUCAUGAUGCAGCUCUUCAACGAGAUCAACGCGCGCAAGAUCCACGGCGAGCGCAACGUCUUCGACGGCAUCUUCCGGAACCCCAUCUUCUGCACCAUCGUGCUGGGCACCUUCGCCAUCCAGAUCGUGAUUGUGCAGUUUGGGGGGAAGCCCUUCAGCUGCUCCCCGCUGCAGCUGGACCAGUGGAUGUGGUGCAUAUUCAUCGGGCUGGGAGAGCUCGUCUGGGGCCAGGUCAUCGCCACCAUCCCGACCAGCAGGCUCAAGUUCCUCAAGGAGGCGGGCAGGCUCACGCAGAAGGAGGAGAUCCCAGAGGAGGAACUCAACGAGGACGUGGAGGAGAUCGACCACGCCGAGCGCGAGCUGCGCCGGGGCCAGAUCCUGUGGUUCCGGGGCCUGAACCGGAUCCAGACCCAGAUUGAAGUAGUCAAUACUUUCAAGAGCGGGGCCUCCUUUCAGGGGGCCCUGAGGAGACAGUCCUCCGUCACCAGCCAGAGCCAGGACAUCCGCGUGGUGAAGGCGUUCCGUAGCUCUCUCUACGAAGGUCUAGAAAAGCCCGAGUCUCGAACCUCCAUCCAUAACUUCAUGGCUCACCCUGAAUUCCGGAUCGAAGAUUCGCAGCCUCACAUCCCCCUCAUCGACGACACCGACCUGGAAGAAGAUGCCGCGCUCAAGCAGAACUCCAGCCCGCCCUCCUCGCUGAACAAGAACAACAGCGCCAUCGACAGCGGGAUCAACCUGACGACCGACACAAGCAAAUCAGCUACCUCUUCAAGUCCAGGGAGCCCCAUCCACAGCCUGGAGACGUCGCUUUAGCUGACGGCCGCGCCGCGCCUCCGGCACCCACCCAUCCAGGCCCCCGACCCACCCAGACAGCAGCGAGCAACCACCGGAAACCAAAUACUGGCGAGAACGACGUUUCCACCCCACGGACCCUUUCUCUGGCUGCGAUGCUGUUUGAACUCUUUUUCACCUGGAGGCGAGGGGAGGGGUCUCCUGGGGGGCUCAAGGGAGUGAGCGAUUUUCCCGAAGCAGCCCCCUGGCCCGCGCCGCCCGCCGCCCGCCGAGGACCAGCCAUGCACCGCCUAGCCCAGGCCGCACCCUGCAUGAAUGUCUGUUCCCUUCCCACCCUCCCCGUUUGGUCCGGGGGGAGGGGCCGGGAGGGGCCCUUCCGUCCGUCCGUUCGUUCGUUUUCUCUGAGGCGGGAACUGCAGACUGACUCUUUUCUGAGACUAUUUAUCCAACCCGCUGGUCUGUGAGUUUCUGAGAUGCUUGUUCAGCAUGGGCUCCGUUGUCUAUAGGUUUAUUCACCGACUUUUUAAAACCGCAGAGCUUAACUCGCCUCGUAGAUUUGCACCAAUGGAACGGAAGAACUUCAUAGACACUCACAAGGUUAUAUCCAUUUCGAUGUAUCUAUAUCCACGUAUACUUCUCGGAGGCUGUAUACGUCCAUAUAGAUGGGUAGAUAUAUAUAUAUAUAUAUAUGAAUAUAUAUACAUGGAUAUAUAUAUAAAGUUUCUUUGCCGGCAUGUUGCCUUGUUUCCGCUUAAAUUGCUCUAUUUUAACUUAUUUAUGUCCUAAGAGAAGAAUGUAAUUUGUUUACAAGCCCGUAGCUAGCGUCUCUGGCUAUCUGUAUGGUCGAAGGACGCUGGCAGCCGGAGGCCACGCCGCCCGCUCGGCCGACAGCCGCUUGCCUGGAUCGCACCCCCGCGUCUGACCAACCACGGCCACGCUCUGAUUUCUGCCUACUGCUUCCGUUCGAUGCCGUCACUACCCGGAAGGCUCAGGCAGGAGCCCAAGGCCCCGUAAGCCGCGCUGCUCCGUAGACACAGGGAGAGGAGGAGAGAACACCCCGGCCGGGCAGGGUCGGGCCGCACGGCACCAGGGAAGACUUUUCUCUCAAUGAAGCUCGCUGGGGUUUACCGAGAGCACCCAGAGGUCCUCUCUGGCACUGUCUGUGCAGAGAUGGAGGUAGUGUUGCAAUAUUACAAGCGCUGUUGUGUUGGCUUUCUUUUUUUCCUUUUUUUCAGUCAGUAAUUUAGAGGUUUAGUUCCUUAUAAACGGCAGCGUCACGGGCUGCUGGCGUUGGGGAGGAGGGUCAUUUCGGCUUGCUGCUUUUACUUUGAUUUUGGAAGAAGAAUAGCCUUUUUUCUCUGCACUAUUUAGAUCCGAACGAACCUUAUGAUGUGUAUAUUGAGAUGUAUUCAGUGUGCUUUUUAAACCAAAUUGUCUUCCUGUAGUCGCAAUAUAUACUGUAGCCUUUUAACAGCAAACCUUGCUUUCCCAGACAGAAAGCCAUUCAGAAACCCUACAGUAUCACAGGUGAGAAAAGGUGGUUAUUUUUCCCCCCAAGACAAUAACAGCACUAGCAAUCCCACUUACUAAGAGCUUAUUUAAUUGUAUGUCAGCCUCUUAACUGCUAAGCACUUUGUGGGUAUCAGCUUUUUUCAUAAAAGAACUUUUGUAUUUAAUACAAAGUUUGCUUUGAGACUUUUCAGCAUACGAUCUUUUUCCAUAAACUUGUACAGUGCAAAAGACAUUUUGAAUACCAUGAUCGAUGGUGUCCCAUGCUUCGAGAAAAAAACCAAACACUCUCCGCCUCGCUUGCGAAAUCCAUCCCUCAUCCCGACCCUUCCCACCGUGGGCCCCGAGUCAGCCGGGCCGUCCCUUCUCCAGGCCCAGAGAAUUCCUCCAUCAACAAGAUGAGAGCCACUCGGGAAUAGAGCCAUAGUCCGCUGGCAGGAGGACCCGACGGUGCGGGACCUGUCAGCCCAGCCCACCCGGCCCCUGCCCGGAAGGAGCACCUUUGGGAGAGAGCGCCGCCUGGGUGUCCUGAAGAGAACUCUCCGGAUGCAGCCAGCAGAGGAAGCUGCUCCCCAAAGCGGUGGCCAGGCCUGGUCGAGGCUUCCCGGAGCGGAGCGCAGCCGCAGCCGGGGCCAGCCCGCCUCUCCCGCAGGGGCCGGAGGCCGGCCUCAGAGGCACGUGGGGUUUUGUCGUUUCCUUUCUCGAGGUUUCCCAUGCCCCCUGCUCUGCCCCAGUCUUGUGUCUGCGACCUCAUUCCACGACCCGGGAAAGCCACGCUGGCAAACCACGCCCCGGGUCGGGGAGCCAGGAGGUGAGGAGAGCGGGAAGGCUGUCCCCACGGAGCCCAGCCCGGGGCGCCCACGGCCCCCUGCCCCGGCGUCUCUCCGGGUCAGGAAUGCUCACACACGCACGCACACAGCCCACUCACUCUCGGCACACACCCGCUCGCACACGGGAAAUGAUUGGUUUGUCAACACUCACUGUAGAACAUAAAGCUUGCACUCCGCCCUGUAUCUAGCAGCAUGGGGUACGUUUGGCAGUUCACCCCAGUAGGGGGUAAAUAAUUUAUGACCAUUCAUCUGUUUUUAUGAAUUUUUUUAUCUAGACAAUAAUUGUAAAUAAAGAGCUCACCGUCUCUGUUCAUUUAAUACUAUGCAAUGGCAACACCUCUGAUUGCUGACUCUUGCUGCUGCUGCCGCGGUAGUUCUGAAAUGUCUGUGGUUUGUAAAAAACAAGGGAGAGAGGGCAGCAUCAAACGGAGCACAGUGAUAGACUCCCCUCCCCUCUACCUUCUGGCUCGGAGCACUGCCUCCUCCGUCCUGCAGGGCUCCAGGUCAAGGCAGCAGGCUCGGGUCAGAGGCCUGAGCUCGCCCCCCCACGGCCAAGGGAAGAGCCAGGGUCCACGCCAUGGCCAUGAGGGCUGCGGAGCCACACCCUUGGAGGUGGGCAGGGAGGAAACGGCAACUUUCCUUCCUGCCCCCGGGCCGUGUCUUCCUGAGCAGCAGCCCUGUCUGCAGCUCCCUCGGGCCCUCACCCCACUGCGGGGCCACCUCGGUUCCAGCCAGAGCAGAGAGCUGCCGAGAGGGAGGUCACCCCGCUCCCCACACCCCCCCCAAGGCAAAGAGGCCGUGGACCCCUCCCGGGAGUACCCCAGUUACUUGGUAGCCAUUCCUCCCACCACGUCGACACGCACCAUCCCCACACCACGCCUCAGAUGGCCUGGACUCUGGUUCUGGGACGUCUCGUCUGCUCCCUGAUCGGGGUGCCUCACCUGGCACCAGUCACCCAGCUUUCAUCAUCGUCACCCAGUUUUCCUGUGUGGUGGGACAGGAACCCUUCACUACCCCCCUCUUUUUACAAACAAAAUGCCCUGGGCUGUGAAUCCUAUUCUAUGUGUAUCCUGCUCCUCCAAAUAAACGUGAGAAUCCCGCCAACCCCCCACCCCCACUGGCCCUGCCCUGGGUGAGCUUGCUCUAGGGGACCCUGGGGGCCUCUAAGCUGGACAGCCCAAGCCAGGGAGCAGCGCAAGGCUGCUGAGCCCCCAGCCAAUCACUCUGGAACCUAAAAUCACUCUCCCCGUUGUGCUCAGCGGACGCCCCCGCGGGCCUGGUGCGAUGAGAAAGAGGGGUCCCCCCCCCAGACCUAGAAGUACCAGCACGCAGGGCCCAGGUGUGCAGCUCUCUGAUCGCCUCCCGGAGAAACACGUAUUCCCACCCCCCUUUACUGAACCGCUUUUCGGGGGGAGGGAGGGUCACCUCUGGCUCUUGACUCCAUUUCAGCAGAGGUGUGACAGGCCCUCGGGGGGCACCCAGUCCUGCCUGGGCAUCUCACACUCCAGCUGCCCGUACGCCUUGCUCUGCUCCCAGCAGGCUGUCACCAGUGGGUGCUGAUGUCCUGCCCACCCGCAGGCUCUCUCACGAGCAAGAUCCCGCCAUUACGAGACGGGGGAGGGUGCAAUCCUAGAAGGCUUCGGGGCCUUCCAGAAUCGAGGCCUCCAUUCAACGAAAGCAGAAAAUCCCCAAUCUUGUCCAAGUUCCAGGACUCUCCUGACGUUGACGUAGAGAUCCUGCCCACCCAAACUGGGGGAGGGGGACCCCAGGCCCUGGGCAUCAGCCAUCACCCCCUCCACCCAAAACAAGGUAUCGAGGCUGCUUUGGGACGGCCCUUCUCGGCCCCAGGUCUGUUCUGUGAUGCCUGUGGUGCUCGCCCUCUGGACCUUCCUCUCGGGGUCACCACACUUUGCUAACUCUUGUGUGCACUUAUUUUCUAACAGACUAGCAAGGAAAUGGUGCCGCCUCCAGCUUCCACAAGCUGUCCGGGCUCUGGGGGCCUCGGGGACCACCGGGGCUGGGAAGUGACUGUGUCUUAUUGUACACUCUUUAUUUCUCUGUAUCUCUGGCUUGUGCUCUUUGUAAUGAAUGGGAUCUGUCUGCCUUUUCGACACUAUACUGAGCAAUAACAAUAAAUGCACACGUGGA